AUGGCAUGGACGAAUAAGACCUUCAACUCUGACUUUAUCCUGCUGGGAAUCUUCAGUCACAGCCCCACACAUACUUUCCUCUUCAUGUUGGUCUUAAGCAUCUUUGCAGUGACCUUCGUGGGGAACUCUACCAUGGUUCUCCUCAUCUACAUGGACACCCAGCUCCACACUUCCAUGUACUUCCUCCUCAGUCAACUGUCCCUCAUGGACCUCAUGCUCAUCUGCACCACGGUACCCAAGAUGGCUUUCAACUACUUGUCUGGCAGGAAAUCCAUCUCUCUGGCAGGUUGUGGAACCCAGAUAUUCUUCUAUAUCUCCCUGCUUGGGGCUGAGUGUUUCCUGUUGGCUGCAAUGUCCUAUGACCGCUAUAUUGCCAUUUGCCACCCAUUAAGAUACCCAAUUCUUAUGAGCCAGAAAAUCUGUAGCCUCAUGGCUGCUUCCUCCUGGAUUCUUGGCUCCUUUGAUGGUAUAAUUCAAGGUGCAGUUGCAUUGUCUUUCUCAUACUGCGGUGCCCGGGAAAUACCCCAUUUUUUCUGUGACAUCCCCGCCCUUCUUUCUCUAUCAUGCACGGACACGUUGUUAUUUGAAAGGAUGAUAUUUAUCUGCUGUAUAAUUAUGCUUCUCUUCCCUGUGGCAGUCAUCAUUGCUUCCUAUACUCAUGUGAUUCUGGCUGUCAUACACAUGGGUUCUGGGGAGAGUCGCCGCAAAGCUUUCACCACCUGUUCCUCCCACCUCAUGGUGGUGGCAAUGUACUAUGGAGCAGCCAUGUUCAUAUACAUGCGACCCAUUUCUGACCGCUCUCCCAUCCAGGACAAGAUGGUAUCUAUCUUCUACACCAUCCUCACCCCCAUGCUGAACCCCUUCAUCUACAGCCUUCGCAACAAAGAAGUGGGCAGGGCAUUCAUGACGCUGGUAGGAAAUUGUAAGUCUGGAAAGUGA